CUUUUAGCAGUGAGCAGUACAUGAAAACCUUCUCCUUCAUUUUUGAAACUUGCCUAAAAACAUCAAAGGCUUACAGCUAGACACACCAACUCUCUUCAGCUUCCCGCUCAGCCCAACUGAAAUGCCCUUAUUGAGCUAUGCAGAAGCUUCUGCGCCUAAACCCUUCAAGCGCCUUUCUCUGCACUAAGUCCACCCCUUACUCUUUCUCCAAACUAAAUCGCAACCCACUUCCCAAAAUGCCCCUAACGGCAGCCGCAACCAGCGGCGCCAAAGCUUUCGCCGUCGCCGUGUCGGCGGGUAAAAAACCCACUAUCUCUUCUCGCUUUAACUUCCGUUGCUCGGUGGGAGACAAAACGCAGUCGACGAGGGCUUGGGUGGUCUUGAAGGAGGGACGGGCGUGGUACCACACGGUGGCCGCGGAGGGCGUGAAAGCCGAGAACGAGAAGAGUCAAGAGAAGGGCUUGAAGUUGAAUAAUAGAAGGCAAAAGAGUGGAAGUGGGUUAGACCCAGAUUUGUUGACAAUUCCAGGGGUAGGUCCAAGGAAUUUAAGGAAGCUUGUUGACAAUGGAAUAGGGGGAGUUGCUGAACUCAAGCAGUUGUAUAAGGAUAAGUUCUGGAAGGCUAGUGGGAAGAUGGUGGAGUAUUUACAGAGUUCAGUGGGGAUUAUCCACAAAAAUCAUGCUGAGAGUAUAACAACUUUCAUUAAAGAGAGUGUGGAUGAAGAGCUAAAGGAUUCAAACUCAGAUGAUAAGCCCAAUCCCCGAAAAAGAAUCACUCUCUGUGUUGAAGGAAAUAUUAGUGUUGGGAAAACUACUUUCCUUCAGAGGAUAGCAAAUGAAACACUUGAGCUUCGUGACCUUGUUGAGAUUGUUCCUGAGCCAAUUGAUAAGUGGCAGAAUGUUGGACCUGAUCACUUUAAUAUAUUAGGUGCUUAUUAUGACGAGCCAGAAAGGUAUGCUUAUACCUUCCAGAAUUAUGUAUUUGUUACAAGGGUUAUGCAGGAGAGGGAGUCAUCUGUUGGAAUUAAGCCACUCAGGCUUAUGGAGAGGAGUGUUUUCAGUGACAGGAUGGUCUUUGUUCGUGCUGUUCAUGAAGCAAAAUAUAUGAAUGAGAUGGAAAUAAGCAUUUAUGAUUCAUGGUUUGAUCCUGUUGUAUCAGUCUUGCCUGGUCUUGUCCCUGACGGCUUCAUAUAUCUUAGGGCAACCCCUGAUACUUGCCAUAAGAGAAUGAUGCUGCGUAAGAGAGCAGAAGAGGGUGGAGUCUCCCUAGACUACCUGCAUUCCUUGCAUGAAAAGCAUGAGAACUGGCUUUUCCCAUUUGAAAGUGGCAAUCAUGGGGUUUUGUCUGUCAGUAAGCUCCCUCUGCACAUGGACAACUCUUUGCAUCCUGAGAUAAGAGACCGUGUAUUCUAUUUAGAGGGUGCACAUAUGCAUUCCAGUAUUCAGAAGGUUCCUGCUUUAGUUCUCGACUGUGAACCCAACAUUGAUUUCAGUAGAGAUAUUGAAGCAAAGGAGAAGUAUGCCCGCCAAGUUGCAGAAUUUUUUGAAUUUGUGAAGAAAAAGAAAGAAGAUCAACCCACACAACCUGCUGAAGGUGGAGCAAAAGGUACCCAACCACAAGUCUUGCUUCCCAAUACAGGUGGAUUUUGGUUACCAGAUGGCAAACAUUUCCCAGAGUCAGCCCUCAGGUCUCUGGACUUCAGACGCGCCAUGUCAAUCAUGUCUGGUCAGCAAUGAAGUUGCUAGUAGCAUGUUUCCCUCAACCUAGAUUUGUUUAAAACGGUGUUUGUGAGAUUGUCUGUAGGAGCUGUCUAAUUCUCAUGUGAAUGUAAGAAAGUUAACCCUUAACCUUUAGAGAUGUAGAAAAAACUUGUUGACUGGUGAAUGCUGUGAUGAUGAUCUGCUGAUUUGUUGUGAAAGUUGUACUGUUAUCAUGUUCUAUAAAUUUCUGUUUUCUGACA